GUCAAUAAAGCAUCACGGGAGUUGUAGUUUCUUUUUCUGCAACAGCAGGUCAGGUCCCUUUCAGCAUGAACUACAAGUCCCAGAAGCCUCCAGCAAAGGAAGGAAUUUGGUUUCCACAGAAACCAAAGCUGGCCGGUGAUUGGCCGAGCGAGCUGUCAGUCAGCGUGCGGCGGUGGCUGGCGGCAGUUCCCAUGUGUGAGGCUGCUGGGGCCCGGAGGCUUGCCCUGUGCUUGCUGUGCGGCCUGCCCGCCUCGGGGAAGUCGACGCUUGCCGAGUCACUGAGGAAGCGCGCGCUCGGCGAGUCCGUGGUUGUUGUGGUGACGUAUGAUGACGUCAUUACCGCCGCCAGUUUCUCGGAGGAACUCGCUAGUCGCCUCGGCCAAGCUUCGGGCAUCUCCGCGGAACCUGGAGGAGAGGAGGCGAGUGAACUGGCCAAUCAGGGCACAGAUAGGCAUCACGUGACGCGGUGCAGUCUCCUUAUAAGGAGGCUUGAGCCGCACAGUUAUAAAAUGGCUGACUUGUGUUUAUUUGUAAUGUGUGGGAUGCAGGGAGAGGGAUUAAUGUAUUACAGGCCAGCUGGCCUCAGUCUGUCCUACACCCUAUAAUAAUAAUAACAUGUUCCAAUGGUGUCCUCUCUCUGCUGCCUGUCACCCAAGCUCUCAGCCCUGUGGAUAUGUCUGUCUCUUCCAUUCUGAUACUCUCUCCCCAGCUGCCUGACUGUCUCCUCAGCUCUGUUCUGUCAGAUGUCUCUCCCCUACUGUAUCUAUCUCCCCCACUGUACCCAUCUAUCUCCCCCACUGUACCCAUCUAUCUCCCCCACUUUACCUAUCUCCAACACUGUACCUAUAUCUCCCCCACUGUACCCAUCUCCCCUACUGUACCCAUCUCCCCCACUGUACCUAUAUCUCCCCCACUGUACCCAUCUCCCCUACUGUAUCUAUCUCCCCUACUGUAUCUAUCUCUCCCUACUGUACCCAUCUCCCCUACUGUGUCUAUCUCCCCUACUGUAUCUAUCUCCUCUACUGUACCUAUAUCUCCCCUACUGUACCUAUAUCUCCCCCACUGUACCCAUCUCCCCUACUGUAUCUAUCUCCCCUACUGUACCCAUCUCCCCCACUGUAUCUAUCUCCUCUACUCUAUCUAUCUCCCCCACUGUACCUAUAUCUCCCACACUGUACCUAUAUCUCCCCCACUGUACCCAUCUCCCCCACUGUACCUAUAUCUCCCCCACUGUACCUAUAUCUUCCCCACUGUACCCAUAUCCCCUACUGUAUCUAUCUCCCCUACUGUACCCAUCUCCCCCACUGUAUCUAUCUCCUCUACUGUACCUAUCUAUCUCCCCUACUGUACCUAUCUAUCUCCCCUACUGUACCCAUCUCCCCCACUGUACCCAUUUCCCCUACUGUACCUAUCUCAUAUCCCCCAGCUCUGUUACUCUCCCUCCAUCUAAUUGACUUUCCUCUUAUCUACACCUGCCAAUUCUUUCAGCACUCCAACCUGACUUGUUAAAGGGACACUAUAGUCACCACAACAGCUACAGCAUAAUGUAGUAAUUCUGGUGUAUAUAGCCUUCCCUGCAGGCUUCUUAAAGCGUCACUGUCAUGGCCGAAUCCCGUUUGUUUUUUAACCCCCCUUACUGACUCCACUACAUCUAAUUGCCCCCUCCUCCCAUAGUCACCCCCGAAUGUCCCUAAGCCCCCAAUAUUACAUAUUUUUGCAUCUUUAUUUUGUGCCCAAACCUAGGUCCUGGGCACCGCCGCCUUUGUGUGGGUAGAUGAAGUCCCUGUGGGACACGUCGUCUGCCCACACUAGAUAGCGCUGUAAGAUUCCCGCGCAUGCCCAGUGAAACAGAUGGGCAUGCGAACGGGAAUUUCAUCCAUUCAUUUGUCAGAAAGACGAAUAAAUUAAUAGAAAUUUUAAACGAAUGAACGAAGACCUCUUUGUUCAUUUGUUUGGUUUAUUACAAGGAGGGAGCUACCGGCGCACAGCUCCCUCCUUGUAAUAUGUAAAAAUAGAAGCGGCAGGGAGCAGUGCUCCCCGCCACUUCCUAAGCCCCCCCAUGUCCUCCCUCACUCUAUGGGGGUCAAUAUGACCCCCAUAAUAGCAUAAGGAAGAUUAAAAUCUGUGAGUUAGGGCAUGUCUACUAAACAGUGAGCAGCCAGUGGCACCUCCCCUUCCCCCCCCCCCUAUGGUGGGGCAUCUAUUAACAAGCGGGGGGCACAUAGUGCCCCGCAAUUGGGAGCUAUAAAAGUAAACUGGGGACAUAGGGUCCUCCUUGGCCCCCAUCCAUCACCCAUGAGCAGCAGGUGGGGCCCUAAAUGAAAAUGGGUCUGGGUGGACCUAGUGUCCUCCCACCGGCCCCCACCCCUGAGCGGCGGGUGGGGGCCCUAAAUAACAAGAAGGGGGGGGACCUAUUGUCCUUCUCCCCGGCCCCCACUAUUGAGCAGUGGGUAGGGGCACUAAAUUACAAUAAGCAGGGGGGGUGGGGCGAUUGUCCUUCUCCCCGGCCCCCACCCCUGAGCGGGGAAGGGUGGGUGGACCUUGGGUGAGUUCCCACACUUUUUUCGCCAGGACUUGACCCCUGGUUAUUCACUAAAGUGUGAGUUUUAGAUAUAAGUUAAAUAUAGCCAAACUGGAAAAUUCUCGAAAUCAACUAUGCAACCAGUUUGCCAACUUUGGUGUUAAAUGUCCACUCUGAAUUCUCACUUUAGUGGAGACACUUUUGGUAGACAGUCUUCGGCACUCCAGGUCUUGUGGACUAUAUCUCCACUGAUGCUUUAUCAGCAUAAUGGCUGUAAGAGCAUUAUUGGAGAUGUAAUCUAUAACAUCUGGACUGCUUAAAGUUGACUAGCCCUGCUUUAGUAAAUAGCCAUGACGGAUAAGUGAUAUAUCAUCAUCCAUAUGAUUAAAAGGGGAGACCAUAACUUCUCAGAUUACCUUAUUCAAAACAUGAACAUUUUGAAAGACUGGAAAGUGAACAAGAAUAUUUGUCAGAUAUCAAUCAGCCUAUAACAAGUUUGUGGAUGUAAAAAUGAUAUGAAAUUCUGUGAAUUUAAGUUUGGCUUGUAUAUAUAUUUCUUUUGAUAACCAGGGUUAAGAAAGCAGGGGUAAUUUUGAUUCCUUUCUGGUCAAAACAUGCAUAGUUUAUAGAUCUCCUGAACUUAUUCCAGGGGGAAAAAUAGAUGCUGUCACACAAACACAUUUUGUAUCACCCCGGUUAAAAAACACAGUUGACCUGCUCUAAGGUCAGGGCAUAACUAUUGAAGCUUUAAAUAAUAUACUUAUCCUUCUAGGUUUAAAAAAUGUGAGAUGGACUUCAAAAGUAACCUUUGCCCAGUUGGUAAGAUCAUUUAUUAUAUGGACUGUGAAACCAAAAAAAAAGGAGCCCCUACGUUUGCUGCAGCCUUUAUACCAGCACAUUAGCAAUAUUCGGGAUCAAGAAGCUUGUGCGUCGUGGAAUCAAAUCUGGAAAACUAUUUGUACAUUUUCAAGGCAUCACUAAUCAGGCAUACUUUCCUCAGAUGAUGCAAUAUUCAGCAUCACAGUCUGUCAGACCGGCGUAAGCUACUAUUCUGUCCCUGCAUAUAUUAUGCUAACUGUGUAUCUUGGAUGGAAAACAGAAUUUUAUUUUAUUUUUCUUCCUGUCAGUCUGUGCAGAAUUAAUGGGGAUCAUUGGUUAGUCUUUCAAUCAGAAUUAUGUAAGUUUAAAUUGAGUGAAGCAUGGCAAAUUAGCUAAGUGUUUAAAUCAUGCUAACUGUGAAUAUAUAUAUAUAUAUAUAUAUAUAUAUAUUCUUUCUUUUUUUAGACUUCACUUUGGAAGCAGCUUCGCCGUCUCCUCUUGCAGUACAUUGAGCAACUUAUAGAUGCAUUUCUGAACUCUUCUGGCUUAGUACAACCCUUUUGCGUAUCAGAAAAAACUUGGCAUCGGUUCAUAGGCUGUCUGGAACGUCAAGGCCUGAUCUUGAAUGCAGCAUCAGACGUUAAGACGCCAAGUUUCACUCUAAACAUUCCAGAAAACAACUCUCUCUGUCUUGUCUUGGAUGAUAAUUUUUAUUAUCAAAGUAUGCGAUAUGAAGUUUACCAACUGGCACGUAAAUGUAAGUACAUCCUUAAUGCAAGCUUUAUAAUGAUGCAAGAACAAGCAUACUUUAUACAAAUAUAAAAGACCUCAAAUUGGUCUCACAGUUGCAAGAUGGUUCCACUCAUACAUAGCUCUUUGUAUGCAAUCUAUGACUGCUGCAAUUAGCAGUGGUGUUUAUUUUUCUAAAUGGUAUGGAGCAGACUUAGUUUCACGAAUGUAUUUUAAUCUGUAACCGAACUAAUCGAUCAGUCUGGGAUAUACCUAUGGAGUCUAAAGCUCCCAGUAAAUCCCAGACUGAUCGUUUUGUUUGGGCGCAGAUUAAAAGGCAUUUGAUUUGUUUGUUGCAGCUGAAUCUCAUUUUUGCACAAGUCUAGAAUGGAGAUGCCAGAGCAGGUUGUGAGUCCUCUCUUUAUGAAGCUAUGAUGUUGUGACAUCACCACUCCCUGCAUAACGGAAGGUUUGUAUGCCGGAAGCAUACUCUGUGAAAUAUGUUUAUUUGCAUACCUUAGUAGGCAGUAAAUAUAUUUUAAAUACUUAACAAAUAACUUGACAUGACAGGUGCACUAGCUGCAUUAUGAUCAAUAUAAUAUAUAUUCAGAUAUUACAUGAGCUGCUUAAUAUUUCAGAUCACGAUAACUAUUUAUUUUUGUUUGAUUCAUUCAGGUAGCAGUGUAAACAUAUAUUACAUGCAUUAACUUGUGAGUUGUAGACUGGUUUGGCCUGUGUGUAUUGAACUGCCACGGGAGGCAGACUUAGUUUUGCAAUGUAAACAUUGCAGUUUCUCUAAAACUGCAAUGUUUAACAUUGCAGCAAUAGGUACACAAGGGACACUGUACCCAAACCACUUCAAUGAGUUGAAGUGGUCUGGGUGCCUAUAAUAAUCCUUUAAUGCAAUAGGGCUGACACAAGUAACAUGCCAAUAUGAGAUUGCUCCAUUUCAAAGGAACAUACUUAUAUACAAUUUUAUAUUCCUUUGCUUUCAGAUUCUGCAGGUUUCUGCCAGAUUUAUUUGCACUGCCCAGUUGACUGCUGUGUGAUGAGGAAUAGAAGCAGGGCUUGCCCUGUCCCAGAUCAAACCAUUUGCCUUAUGGAGCAAAAAAUCGAGAAGCCCAAUACAAAGAAAAAUACAUGGGAGCAAAACAGCUUGAUCAUUGACAGCUCAGAAAAAGACAGUAUGCAAGAGUAAGAUAACUGAUUUCAGGAAUGGCAAUAACACAUUUCUUCCCCUUUCUGCACAUUCCUCUGGUAUUUAGGAGGUUCCUUAAACCGCAAACAAAAAAUAUAUAUUUUUGAAAGUUACUGUAUACACUAAUUUCAACAUGAUUUUGGUUUAUUCACACAUUCUUUAAUGACACAGCCUAAGAUCUGAUCUUGGAAGUUUUAUGGGAAAAGCCAUUGGCUGGUUAUCAAUGCUGUCUGUUCUUGGCACUGGUAAUGCCAAAUGCCAAUGAUACAAUGCAUUUUCUGCAAGUUGUGUUUUUUAGACGCUCUUGCAACAAGAGGUAAUAACAUGUGUCACCCUAUGACCCAUAUCAGGGGUAGGCAGCCUUCGGCACUCCAGAUGUUGUGGAAAUCAGCACAUCUAUACAAUAUUGGGUAUUUUCUAGAAAGACAUUUACAAAUCUGAAAUUGCUUUUUAUUUAUAUGUUUUAUACCACGACAUAGAAGUUUAAUGUGAAUGUAACUAUGUAUUGUUUCUUUACAGUUCAAAAAUACCUGACUUGAUAAGUCAAGCUUUGGAGAAUCCUAUAACCCCUGUCGAAGAAGACUAUGAGAGGAAGGUAAAAUAGAUGUAAAUAUCAGCUACUGCACUUAAUGACUAUCAAGAUGUGUUCUUUCUCUUAUGUUGUGUAGACAUGGGAAUCUUUGUCAUCACUAAUUAAAAUUGUUAAAAAAAUAAAUAAAAAAGAAAGUCAGCUAAACUGAAAUUCUUACUAUAAAGUGUUUAUUUCAGUAUCCAUUUACCCAUAGACAAUAACUAGAAACCAUAAUUAUAUGUAGGAGUUCUAGAUAAGUAAUAACAUGUAUGUAGGGCUUACAGUACUUUCAGAUUAGAGUCUUACACUGGAGCAGCUUUUAUAUCUAGGUUUUAAUUUUUGCUUUUUAGCUAUAGUUUGCAAGCACAACUGUUGGCACAUUCAAGAGAUACUGUCACCUAAAAAUGACUCUCAUAAAUCCAUUUAAAGUAUGAUACAAAUAGAUUACUAUGGCUUGGUUACAUGAAAAUAACAUUUGCUUGACUUAACAUUUAAAGUUGUGCCAGUUGUUCAUUGUGGACAUGGCCCUCUUUGAAUUGCCUACAUUGGUAGAUCAAAAAAGAAUACAUUGCAGAGAACAUGUGAUGGCAGCAGCCAAUCUGAGCCUGUGAAUGGCAGAUUCGCUCCUCACUUUCAGGAAACAGUAAAUUAUUUUGAAUUAAUUUCAUUUCUUCCCUGGGGGCUCUGGGGCACUGGCCCCUGCCUCCCUGUCACCAUAAAAUCUCUGGCUGAGCUAAGCCUAACAAUCAAUAAGCUCGCACUGCACAGCAGCACUUGGCUCAGGAGAGCUAACACACUCUCCUAGCAGAUGCUUCUGGCUCUCAAUGCCGAAAGGAGAGAAGCUGGAAUCGUUGCCCAGUGGACUGCAGGUAUGGAAUCAAACUGCUAACAGUUCAAGUAGUCACAUUAGGGGGAUAGGCACUCCUUGUACCAUAUCCACUACAAAACUCUGUAGUGAUUAUGGUGCCUGGAGUGUUACUUUAAAAUAAACUGGUUACUGAGUAAUAUAUUUAAAAUGAUCAAUAUAAGGUAGACACCAUUUUUAAAAUGUUAUAUGAUGGUGCAUAGAUUUUAUGGUGACAAAACUACUUUAGGUGGAUGAGCAAAAUUAUAUACACACUUUUAAAUAUGAAAGAGGGAAUUUCAUUUUUUGGCAAGUAAUGCAAGUAAUUUUACAACUAAAAUUAUAAAAUGGACUUCAUACCUUGCUAACUGCUUGAUGAGCCUGAUGCUGUAUUAUAUUGAUUAUAUUUCUACAUGAAAUUAUUGGACUGUGAUUUGGAUCAGUUCUCAUAUUUUUUGCAUCUGUAAGCAGGAACAGGACCGCGCUAUUUGUGCAGCCAAUAUCCUCCAUCAAGCUGAUAAGAUUUAUCGACGCUUGAUAUCCGAGACUAUGCAGACAAUGAAAGGUAGGGAUGCAAUCUAAACAAUGCUUUCUUCUCAUGUCUUGUUUACAGUUUAACUAGUAUGACUUUUCAGUUUUCCACAUUGUAUAAUAGUUUCAAAGUAGAAUAUGUAAUAAUAAAGACGAAACUGUGAAUUUUAUGUAUAAUGGCUCAAUAUUUCCACUAGCUAUUGGCAAGUGGAAAAUUAGCCCUGACAAGAUUGCUUGGUCUGUCUAUCUCUAUUGUUAUGGGCCACUGUAAACCUCCUACAGCUUUCCAAUUUUGUAACAGACUAAGAAAAAAAAACCUAAUUCUUGACUCCAGAAUGGCAGUGAGAUCUCUCCUUGAUAAGCUGUGCCCAGCCCAAACACAGAAGCUGUGGCCGAGCUGUGUAGGACACAGAGUGGGGAUGUGACAAACAAGUCCCCACCGCAUCAGUCUCUGCCGGGCCAGACAGGAAAGAGCAGUAAUUUAUGUGUGAAAUGCUCUGCCACGCUACAAUAUAAGUGGGAAAGCGACUUUAGCAAUAGGACCCAACUGGUUGCAACCCGGACCCCGUGCUGUGAGCAGGCUGACUGGGGAGGUUAGAGCUCCCCAUCCAAAUCAGUAUACUGCUUACUGUGUUCAGAUCCCCAGGAGCUGAGUGCUCAGUCAGCCCCUGGUAUUCAGUAUAUUGACAAAAUACUAAAUGGUGAUUUUGCAAGGCCCUCUCCCCUUGCCUAGCCAGUUUAUUUUUUUAGUUGUUUAGUUUUCUUAAGUCAAGCCUUGGCUUAACUUUUGUUUUAAUUGUAGGUACCAUUUCAGUGGAAGAAAUGAAAAUGGUGGCACAGGAACUACAGAGAGCAAAAUCCAAACUUCUGGAAAAGCUGAGGCAAAGUAUGUCACACAGGGUGCCCUGUGCUGCUGAUAUGAUGUUCUUGAUUAAAGAACAGGUAGACAACAUUGUACAUCCAUAUUUAUUUAAAGAGUAGAUCAAAUACUCUUAAUAAAUGAACCUCACAAAUGCAGGCAAAAACCAUAGAUGUACCAAAAUGUUAUUUUCAGACUUAAGUGACUAACACGCACUGUAACGUAUUUGUAGUAUAAAUGUCUCCCUUAUGUUUCUACCUCUUUGUACAGCACAGAUAUGCAGCAUUUAUAUUAAAAAUACAUUUUUAUAUAAAAUAUUUUUUUUGUAUUGAGUUUAACUUUGAAGAGCACAGGGAUCCAAAAUGGUUCCUUCAUCUUUAUAAACUAUUGAAGACUAUACAGAGGGAAUAGUGCAACAGAAAAACCAAAACCUCUUUUGUGAUUAGGGCAAAUUCACUGCCCCAGGAUGCCUCUAUCUACAGAGAAAUUAAGGGAUUCAUUUGAAUGCAGUACUUUUAUGUGCAUAGUAAAAUUAGUGCAUGUAAAUUUAAAAAAAUAGUAAAAAAAUAAAUCUUACCACCCAAAUCUAGCUUUAUGUUCGCUAUUAGGGUGUGUGAAAAUCCCAC